AUGGCCAUAGACUAUCGUGGCGACCCACCCUCGCUCAUCCCUGCAAACUACUUCAAGUACUACCUUCCGUAUUUUACUCCUCAAGAGGUAGAGAGAUUAUCGGAGAAGCAGAGAGGCAAGUUAUCGGUGACACAAGAGGAGAAGGCUAGGCAGCAGGCGUGUGGCUUUAUCGAAACCGUCGGCUCAGAUAUCGGCUUUCCAAGGAAGACUAUUGCUACUGCUCAGAACCUCUACCACCGUUUCCACCUAUUCUUUCCCCGCAAAGACUUCGCGUACCACGACGUGUGCUUAGCGGCGCUGUUCGUUUCAUGCAAAAUCCAUGACACGUUGAAGAAAACUCGAGAUGUGCUCGUAGCGUCAUAUGGAGCGCGCUUUCCGGAACGAGCCGCCAAGGCGAAGGCUAUGGGUGGCGAGAUUGACAUUGACCCCAAUGUUAUGGAGCAAGAUAGGCAAAGAUUGCUUGCCAUUGAGCGACUUGUGGUUGAAACCAUCUGCUUCAAUUUUAACGCUCGCUUACCAUUCCCCUACGUCAUCAAAAUCAGCCGUGCAUUUGGAGCGACGAGGAAGUUAGCCAAAUUGGCAUAUCGACUGGCCACUGAUAGCUUCCGAACGCUAGUCAAUCUUCAGUACCCUCCACACGUCGUGGCUCUCGGCUGUCUGUACCUCGCUGCCUUGCUUUCGUCCUUCGAGCGUGGGACGUCACCGGAACGGCCAGGACACAAUACCGCCCAUCAAAUAGCUGCCACGCUGAGUGCGUCAGGGGAGUGGGGGAGGCAGUUCCAGGCGCACAUCGAAGACAUCGAGGAGAUCGCCCACGCCCUCAUCGAUCUUCUCAUAGCUGCGGCACAAACCCCCACCGCGAACACGUCACCCCGCACCCCUUCCUCUCCCUCACCACAUCUCUCGCACAGCGCGGGGCAGCAGGCGCUUCCUCGACCCCCGCCAGUACCGUACAAAGCCGACCAGCUCAUUCGACUGAAAAUUGUCAUGCGGGAGACGGAACACACGCCGAGAAAUCGCGAGAGCGCAACUAGGGGAGAAGAAGACAUCAUGAACUUCAACAAGUCGGAUUCGACGCUGCUCGGAAGGAACGACAAGACAGUCAGAUUCAUGUUUGGUCCUCCAACAAUGGUAGAUGAUGCAUGA